AAUAUUUCCGGCUUUUUUAUUUAAUUAAUAUCGCUAUUUAUGUCUAUAUCUUGAAAAGUUAUACAACGUAAAGCUACGUUUUCUGUUGAUUUAUGAUGAAUUACUACCGGUAUACAAAUUAAACGAAAUAAAUGCGGGACAAUUGCGUUGCGAAAAUAAGAUUUGGAGCGACGUGUGAAGAGAGGCAGAACUCGAUGAGACAGUAGGUCGAGAGCGCCCCGACGCCUCGCUUCGCUGACGUCGUUCCUGUAAUAGACGGGAGCGGGCACCUCCAGUAUCCCGCGUACACUGUGGCGGUCUAGCACGCGGUUGCAGGUGCAGGAACUAGUUCCGUAUCCUAUGGGAACCCGUGUUGCGACCGGGCGCGCACACAUCAUCAGCUGUUGCUUCAUCACACUUCCGAUUGCCGGACAAUAUGAAAUUUGUUAAAGCUGAAGAAACUAAAUCACCGCCCCGAUUUCGAGAUGAAGGAUCACAAUGCAUUUCCGUUCCCGAAAAUUCUAAUGUAACCCUAUCCGUUGAACUUUACGAGUUUACUGAUGAAAUCGAAAUAUCCUGGUCCAAGGAUGGAGGACCACCGAUUGUGCCAGAUACAAGACGCCGUCUGCGCGUCCAGAUGAACGCCAUCCAACUGGCACUGGAUAAUGUGCAUAAACAAGACGCGGGGAUGUACCGGGUUACGGCCCGGUCGCCCCACGGAUCCGCCACAAGGGACCUGGAACUGAGAAUAGGGUCGACGACGGACGGAGACGACGACGAACCGCCCGCUUUCCUUCGACGAUUGAACGAUUUAUCGGUUAAAGUCGGAACCAGGACCCGUUUCCUGGUUGAGAUUAGAAGUAGUUCCGAAUUAACGAUUGAAUGGUAUAAAAAUGAAGGGAAGGUGGAGGAAGGAGAGAGAUAUCGAUUUGUAAACGAAGGGGGUUUCCAUUGCGUAGACGUGGCACCGGUCACAGCUGAUGAUAAUGGACGAUGGACCUGCACCGCUAGAAAUGCAACGGGACAAGCCUCCAGCUCUUGCCAUCUCAACGUACUCGUACCGAAAUCCUACAAAGCCCCCGAGUUCCUGGAAGAGUUACGUGCUCUUCUCACCGAACAGGGCACCGUGUCGUUGGAGUGCAAGGUGGUGGGCGUACCGACGCCUCUGCUGCGCUGGUUCAAGGACGGCUCCGAAAUUAGGGCAGGCGAUGUCUUCGCCCUUACCGCCAAUCCGGAUGAUCCCACCUCUUUGGGCACCUACGUCUGUGAAGCGACCAACUGCAUGGGUCAGGCUUAUUCCAGCUCUAAAGUCACAGUUGUCGGAAAGGGAAGUCGAGAAGGAUCCCUUAAACCAGCAGACAGCCCUGUUCCCACCGGGCCUCCUCCAACAUUUAUUCGAGAUCUGCAAGACGAAGCCAUUAAAAUUGGCGAUCCCCUUUUAUUAAAUUGUCAAGUGUCGGUGCCACCUUGGCCUAAAUCUUUGUAUUGGUAUAACUCCGAAGGCAAAGUAGAGGAUGACGUGCCAGGUAGCAGGUACCGACAAAUGGCAGACGGUAUUGGAGGGUAUAUGUUAGAAGUAAAACCUACCGAAGCAGCCGAUCAGGGUGAAUGGAAGUGUGUUGCUACCAGUCAAGAUGGAGCUGUUUCAAUAUCCACUUGUGAAGUCAAGAUGACUAUCCCAAAACAUUUUCGAAAGCCUCGUUUUAUGGACACCUUAAAAGCAGUAUUGACCGAAGAAGGAUUAGUAUCAUUCGAGUGCAAAGUGGUGGGUUCACCCACUCCACUGCUCCGAUGGUUCAAAGAUGGACAAGAACUUAAACCAGGCGAUGUUUAUCAACUCACUGGUACCAACUCGUUGGGCUCGUACUGUUGUAUUGCAAGAAAUUGCAUGGGAGAAGCCAGAAGUUCUGCAGAGCUAACUGUGGAAGACAUUCAAAGUCAAUUGAAUGACGAAGAACGUGCUCAACUCAUCUCAAAGAGCCAGGCUCCUAAAUUUAUUCAAGGAUUGAAGAGUUGCGAAACCAAAAUCAACGAAUUCUUCAGAUUCACUGUUCAAGUGAGCGUCACCACACCAUUACCAAAUUUGGCUUGGUACCGGGACGAUCAACCGACUGACGCGGAACCAGAUAAGUACUUCACCAACCGCGAGAAUUUGGGCGUCUGCCACCUGGACAUAAGACAGGUGGAGUUUAACGACCAAGCUGAAUGGAAAUGUGUGGCCACCAACGAGUUCGGGCAUUCGGUUACAUCAUGUUUCUUAAAACUGAUUAUUCCGAAGCAUUUCAAGAAACCCAAGUUUUUGGAGUGUCUCCGUGCUGUGCUGUCCGAAGAAGGUGCCGUGAAUUUGGAGUGCAAAGUUAUUGGUGUGCCUCAGCCAGUGCUCAAGUGGUACAAGGAUGGAGUUGAGCUGAAACCAGGUGACAUUCACAGAAUCACAUCGGGAGAGGACGGUACUUGUUGCUUGGGUACUUAUACCUGUGAAGCUAGAAAUUGUAUGGGUACUGUAGCUAGUUCCGCGUCUUUGCUCGGAUUCGAGGAGCAAAAAACUAGAGCCCAACAACGAAUUGAAUUGUCGCGACAACCGUCCUUGUCUACGAUUCACGAAGAAAGAACUUCGCAAAUGUACGAUACAGCACAAGGCGAUCAAAGUUUAACCAUAGACGAUCGUGGGGAAGUGUCAUUCUCUUUUGACGGCAAAGAAGUCUCUGUAUCUUUGUACGAUACACCAGAUUUAACAGAAGAAGAAGCAAUACAAAUUGUAGAAAUGUAUGCAGACCAAUUGUCUGAACAUGUCUCAGAGCACAACAUCGUUGAACUUCCACCAUUACGAUUUGUCAAAGAAUCAUCAACCUCCGGUAAUCUUUUAGUAGACGCCGUCCUUGUAGACGUUUCAGAUGAAUUUUUCACGCCAGAAGACGAUUUGCGAACAGAAGCAGACGUAGAAGAAAUCUACUCGAUAACGGAUGAAACCGGACAACCUUUAUCAUCAAUCACUUCUGAAAGGCUUAAAAUAGACGUAGCCUCAGGAAGUGAUAAACCUAAACGACCCCCAAGAAAAUCUGAUUCACAGCAAAGUAAUUCUUACUACAGCCUCUCCAAAGCACCAUCGCAACAAUCGGAUGGUGCUGAAGAAAGUCUUGCUGGCGCCGCAGAGUUAGACAGUGAAUCAUAUGGCGACUUUGAAAGUGCUUUAAGCUCUGAAAAGAUCUUGGACGAAGAAAGGGCAUUCCAAGUUGCUGCUAUAACAGAAACAACAAGUUUACCAGGAGACGAGUUCGAAUCUAGAAGACCACUUACGCCUCAUACUUCCCACGAAAUUGGUUCAGAUUUGAGGGUGAACAGAAGUGAAAGCCAGGAAUUGAAAAAACGUGGCGAUAUAAUGAACAAAGGUUUGUCUGAAAAGGCCGCGAGUUUGGACUUGGAGAGCGCAUUUCAAAGAGAUUUACAAGGAGAAGAAGGAGAUGGUUUAGUUAUAGAUCCUGAUGUGGCUGCUGCCAGACAAUCAGAACUCAAGCAAGAAGAAAGUCGUAUAAUAAAAGAUUUAAGACUUAAUCUAGAUCAAAUUAUGAAUUCGCUUAACUUCGUAAACGAUCAAGUUCAGUCUUCGCAGAAAUCUGCUACAGCAGCCGAUACAAGUUUAGAAGUGUUGAAAAGUAUUUACCAACCUGUAAAAGAUAUACAAACAGUUUUUGAAAGUAUACAGCAAAAAGAAAGUGUAAGUGUUCCUGAAAUAUCAGCGGUUGAAUUAAUUGCUCCUCCAAUAUUCGACUUGCAAAAAAGCUUAUUGGUUGUAGAAAAAUGCUUAGAAAUGAAAGGAAAAGAACAUACACUCAUCCAAAAAACUUGUACCAACAUUUUGGAUACUGCUGGCGAUGAAAUACAAAAAGGGUUAACUUUAGUUGAAAAGAUCACUUUACUAGAGAAAGAGCUUGACUCCACCAAAGCAUCUGGAAGAAUGACACCCUCCAAAAUUAUACAGGAGGUGUGUAUUACAAUAAAAGAAAUGAGAAACCAAUUGGAUAAAGCUAAUUCUCUAUUGGAAGUCAAAGCGAAGCAACAGAAAGAAAGUCCUCCAACUUCUGAAUCGGAGCCGAUUGAACAGCAGUAUGAUGUCUUGCAGAGAAUUUUGGCACCUGCUCAGGAGUUGCAGUCUGCUUUGGAGAGUCUGGAAAAAACUGUUGCUUAUGAUGAAGGCAGCCAAGUAUAUUCUAAUUUAAGUGAUACAAUUUUAGAAAAGAUUACCGAUCCGAUAAAAUCAUUGGUGAAAGAAAUUAAAGUAACUGAGAAGCAAGCGUUGAGAUAUGCAGGAGAAAAAAGCUUCAAACAAGAAUUACGUCUGGCUUUGUUGGAGUCUGUGUGUGUUCCUAUUAAUGAACUGUCUAAAGGUUUAAAGGUCAUACAAAUACAAGAUCCUCAUGAUGCUCAUACUGGCAUGAUAAAUGUUCAUAUAUUAGAAUCUUUUGUUGCUCCUCUCGAAGAUAUUGUGAAGUCAGUUAACAAAAUUAAAGUUAGUGUUGUGCCUGAAGUUACAGAAGAACAAUCAAAAUUAUCUGAAACAGUUGUAAAAGAAGUGUUUGAUCAAGUACGUAAAAUCGUGUUGAGUAACAUGUCACAACUAACUGAGGAACUGCUUUUUAACAUAGAAUCAGCACAGAAAUCUAUUCAAGAUACGACAAUGUUGGAGGCCUUACGUCAACUAGCCACUUUACAAAAAGAUCUCGCUACAACUAUCAGUAAAGUUAUGCAAAUAACAACUGAAUCUAGUGUUAAAGCUAUAGAAAGUUUAGAUCAACCAAUCCAAAUGUUAAAUUCUUUAGUUAUGUCUUUGAGGCCUUCAAUGAACCGAGACGUAUUAGAUGACAUGAUUGCUUGUUUGAAUGUAUUGGAAGAUAGUGUUGUAGUAAAUGAAGAAACACUUCAAUCUAUGGACUUGUGUGUCAUAUUUUCCGUGUUAAAAGCAAGAACUUGCGAAGUCAAAGAAAAUAUUUGCGGCUUAACUGAAUAUGGAACUAUUCUUGAACCACUUACAGACGAUAGAAGUAACAUUGUGAUACUGGAAGAAACAAGUACAUCAACUGUACCACUAAAUCUCAUCCAAGAUACAAGACAAUCCGUUUCUUUGCUAGAAGAAUACAACACCGAUGAUGUUGUUAAAGAAAUUAUUCAGCCUCUUAUGCCAGCCAUACAAAACUUAUACGAAAUUACAAAUGAUGAAUUGCUUACUAAAGAAAAGCACGAACUAUCAGUCAACGAUAGAUUCAACCUCCAGAUCCACGUUAUUCCUUUAGAAAUGAUUGAAGAUAAAAUCAUCGAAGCUUUGGACACCCUUCUUUUAAAAGGCAAUUUUGAAGGCAAAGCAAACCUAAAAGAAAUGCUAGAACAUAUGCAAUACAAUGUGGCAGUAAUGCAUCAACAAAUCCUAGAUGAAGCUCAAUUCAUGGAAGAACUUCCACCUCUACCGUACGAAGAGUUGAAGAAAUGCAUAUAUUCUAUUCAAAAUCUUCCCGUUAUGUGCGAAGAUCACGCAUCUAAUGUACACCUGUCAACCUCUGAAACAAGAGACAUGAUCGAAAACGUUCAAGAAUUGGAAAGAUGUCUGGCUAGCCUUUAUGAUGCAGCCGUUGUUGAAGGGAUGAUGCACAUGCCGGAGGAGUUAUACCAACAAGCUUCAGAAGUUGUCGAAUGCGUUGAGAAAAUUAAAACUGGGCCGUUAUUUGAGCAAACUGAACAACCUAUUACCGGAGAAAUUAUAGCUGAAAUUAAAAAUCUUAGUAAACCUUUAGAGAAACUUGGGAAGGCAAUAACAGCUGUGCAAAUAACAGAAGAGAAGCGCCAUAUCAUAUUUGAUUCAAUUAAAAUACCAUUGAUUGAAAUCGCUGAGUUCAUUGAUGAAAUGGGCGAUCUACAUUUAAGAAAUGCUGUUUGGAGUUUACAGGAACCAUUAAGGAAUGCAAUUGAAAUUACUUCUUUGGAACAAACUAAUUACGAUAUAAAACCGGAUGACUACGAACAACUGGGACCCAUAGCAAUAAAUCUAGCAGAGUUGGGUACAAGAAUUGCUUUGCAGUUGAAUAUUAAAGAUUUUGCUUCUAUUGUAGACACUUUAAAUCCUAUACUGAAAUCACUGAUCGAGCAGUUGAAUAGUACAAAUUCUGAAGCUUUAAGACACAUUGUUUAUUCGUUACGACAAGUUGUCAAUUCAAUAAAUGAGAUUAUAAAUGAACCAACAUCUACACCAAACACUAUUACAGAAAUUGAUGAAAACCUCCCCGAAGAUGAAACGAGAGAAACUAAACAGAAAAUCUCGUCUGUUGAUAGUUUAGCAACGUCUGCUGAAAUUUUACCAAUUCCUACUGAAUCCGUAAAAGAAGAGACUACUUCUAAAACCGAAACAGUUUUGGAAGAAACAUUACCGACUGCUCAAGAAGUAACUCUCACUGAAGUUAAACAACAUGAAGAAGUAGUUUCUGAAACUGUUAGAGAAGUGGCAACGCCUAUUGCGCAAGAACCUCAAGUAAAGCGAGUGGAAGAAAGUUCUUCUAAAUCUGAGACUAUUGAACAGGAAAUUGUUCCAUUUGUACAAGAUGCUGAAAUCAAUACUGAAAUUAAAUCAAAGGAACAAGAAAUGUAUUCAAGUGGAGAAGAGUCAACAGAGACUCUAAAAGAAGAAAUUCUUCCUACAGCUCUCCUACAAGAAGAAAUAUCUGACCAAGACCAAGUGGCUCAACGAUCUGAAUUUACUUUAAGUGAUGAAACGAUACAUCAACAAGUAAAAGAUGAAGUUAUUUCAAUUCAAACAGCUGAAUUAGAAGAACAUUCUUUAAAAACCGAAUCUCAAAAUAGUCAAGCAACUCCAAGGGAUCAAGAAUUAAAUAAUUUAAAAGAAAAUAUUGCUUUUAUUGAAAAUAACUUUGAUAUAAUUGAAAGUAAACCCCUUAUCAAGCAUUUGAAAGAACAAUUACAGAGAGUGCAAAUUGAAAUUGUCCAAUCUAAAGUGGAAGAUGAUCAAAUUAAUCCGGUUUUACAUCAGCUAAAUGCUACAACAUCAAAAGUAUUUAAACUUCAAAGUGAAGAACAUGGAAUAGACAUAGAAGAGUUGAAGGAAACAGUUGACAAUAUUGAUAAAGCAAUUAGUGGUGCUCAUUUGGACUUUACAUUGGAAACAUCCCUUAAAGAAACUGUUAAGAUAUUAGAAAGUAUUGUUAAACCUAACAUCGACAUUUUUGAAAUUUAUUUCAAUCGUUUCAUGGAAAGUUGUAAAAAUUGUAAACUUAAACCACAUAAAAAAUUGCUGGUUACAGAACUUCAACACACACUACCUCUAAUUAGAUUAGAUAUCACUGAAAUUGGGUUUGUUGAAUUAAGUAAAGAUGAAGAUACUUUACUUCAGGAAACAGGGAAUCUAUUAGUUGUUUUGAACGACUUCCUACUAACUGAAGAAUUAAAGUCCAACAAUGUGAGGAGUCAUAUUACAGAAAUGUUACCAAUUUGUCAAAAAGUACCGGAUAGAAGUAUUUUAAGGAAUCUUAAACAAUUAGUAGUUAAAUCGUUGGCUACAAUGGAAAAGGUUAAGAAAGCGGAAGACGAAGAAAGGAAAGUUAAAAUGCAGAAUAUUGAAACUGUGGCAGAAUCUAUUCAAGGAUUGGCUUUAAGCAUUGCAAGUAUUAAAUAUGAGAGGGUCAGCAAAGAUUUGAUUAUUAAAUUGCAAAAGUCGCUGAAUCCCUUGCAAAUAGCCAUAAAUGAUUUGAUAGAAUAUCCAUUAACUGAUGGUGAUAUGAAAUUUUUGGAAAAUAUUACUAAAAUUUUCAACGAUUUAGAGGCUUAUGUAACUUCUAAAUUAGUAAUUCAAGAUCAAGAACCUAUUAUUCGCAAAGAAGAAAUUAUUUUCUUCUUGAAUAUUCUCAAUAAGGCAACUAAGAUUGUUGAUGAAAAAUCUCCAAUUAAACAGAUCACUAGUUUGCUUAAUACACUUGUUGAAAUAUUGCCUGAUGUAGCUCAACAAUUGGAAGCCAGUUUUGAGGAAAAAGUUAAAACUGAAAUGAUUGCAGAUGUUUUAAGAGAUCCUCUUAAUAAUUUAGACAAUUCGUUAAAAUUAGCCCUUGAUAAUGAAGGACAAAUAAUCGUGGAAAAAGUGAACGAUUCCUUGUAUGAAUUGAAGAACAACUUACAGGUAUAUUCUCAGAAAUGCAAAGAUGUGUUAACGGAAAAAGACAAAACGUUAAUUGCUGUUACUGAAGAGUACAUAAGUAAUAUAAUACAAGCAGUAAAUGACAAUAAAUAUGACGAAAUAGUUAACAAUAAUAACGUUUUCGAAGAUAUCAUACAAUAUCAUGAGUUACCUAUUUCAGCUGUAGCACAAAAUAUUCUUGAAUUUGGCAAACGAUUGGCAGAAGAGAAAUUUAAGGCUAAUAGAGAGUAUAAAAUUAUUCAAUCUAAAUCAAAAGAAGAUAAAUCAUCUAUUAUUGAAGAAGAAUUACCGAAACAACCUGACAGCAAGCCUGAAAUUGGGAGUGUUGUUGUUGAAGAGGUUCCUGUUGUGACUGAACUGUCUUCCAUUGUUAUUGAACCUACAUUUAAAGAAGAUGUUAGCGAAACACUGAUAGAAGUUGAAUUAGAAGCUGAACCAAGUCUUCACACAGAAACUAACCAAGAAAUAGGACAAAGUGGAGAAUUAGAAAAAAAAUCUUCAGCUACCGCUGUAGAGAUUGCUGAAGACAACAAACAAAUAAUUCAAAAGGAUUUAUUAGUAACUGAGUCACCACCAGAAACCAAACAAGUAGUGGAAGAUAUUUGUAAAGCUGGUCAAAGUGAAGGUUUAUAUGAGAAAUCAUCAGUUAUUGUUGAAGAUAUUGCUGAAAAGAAAAACUUAGAACAAGAACCUAAAUCAAAAAUAUCAGAUGCUGGAGCAUCUAAAGAAACAGAAGUACAACCAGUACAAGCAACGAAAGAGGAAGUUUUUAAAGUUAUUCAAAAUGAAGGAUUGGAAGACAAAUCAUCAAGUAGUGUCGAAGAUGCUCAAGUUGUCAAAACAAAAGAAGAUUACGAAGUGCCAAAAGAUGAAACAAAAAUAAAAAUGCAGGGAGAAGAAAUAGAAAUAGAACACAAAACUUCAGUAAUUGUCGGUCUAGAACAAACAACUUCAAAUGAUAAACUUGAAGAUGUUUCGGCUAUAAAAGGAGAUAUUCCAGUAAUUGAAUCUUUGAAAAAUCUUCAACGAGCUAUUUCAACUGUGGAUCAAGAAAUUCUAAGUAAGGAGAGGAAAGGAGCUUUAACAGAAUUGGAUAAAUCUGUAACAGCUAUCGAACAAGCUAUUAAGAUUGUAUUAAGCGACAUCGAUUUAAGUUCCGAAGAACAAGAGGUAAUGAAAAUUGCAGAUGAUACACUUAAUCAGUUAUCAAACUACAUUACAAUUUCUCACGAAGAAACUCCUGAAGUAUCUGUGCAGAAGGUUAAAUCACUUAUUGAAAUCUUGAGAUUAUCAAUUUUAGCUGUGCCAAAAUCAUCAAAAUUAAUAGAGGUCAUGGAACCUUUUGAAGAAACUGUUAAAAAUGCCAUUAAUUUGAUCGAGAAUAUACCUGUUCCAUCACAAUCUAAAGAAAAUUUGUUGAGCACCAUCAAAAUACUAGAAGAAAAAAUAAACGAUUUGAAAACAAGAAAGUUAUCAAAAGAACAAAUUUUAUCGGUGACUAAAGUAGACAAAGCUAUAAAGGAUGUGUAUAAUAAGUUGAAGGACUUGAAGAUUGAAAACGAGUCAGAAAAUCGUACAAUUACUGUCGCUAACAGUUGCGUUUUAGAAAUUGGAAAACUUAUUGACAAUUUUAAAACUAAGAAACGGGGUGCUCAUAAUUUCGAUGAGUUGGAUAAGAAAUAUAAGCAGUUUAUUGAAUCAUUAGGAAAGACUCCAAAACUGGCGGAAAUAAAUGAAUCUCUUAAGACUACAAUUGAACAAUUGAAAUCAAUAUUGCAAGCUGAAAAAUCAAUGACAUCAGCAAUAUCUGGAACAUUAUCAACUUUUCAAGAUACACUUCAUAAUUUGCAAGAUUUAUCAAACAGAGUUGAAAAUAGCUCUAGUAACAAAAUUUUGAAGAACAUGACUUCUGAGUUGCAAAGACCUGUCACAACUAUGCAAUUUAUUAGCGGUAGUGUUUUGGAAGAAAAGGUUGAUAAGAUUGGUACAGAUGAUCAUCACAUUCUAGAAGUUACUUUACAAUGUUUAUCCGGGCUGAUAGAUGUUAUAAAAGAUUUGGAAAAUUCUGUAGGCAAAGUCAAUUUGGAGGUAUUAGGUCAGAAUGCUGAAAAAUUAAGAACAAUAAUUGCCAGUAUAAAUCAGGAGUCGCUUGUGAAAGAUUUUGCUGAACCUCUGCAGGAUAUUUCACGUACAAUCGACAAAGGUUUGGAAAAAAUGAGGACUCUACAUUUAGAAGGACUGGAUAGAAAAAAAAUGGCUCUAAGUAAGCUAGAAAAGUCAUUCAUUAAAUUAGAAGAAUUAAUAGCACUGGAAUCUAGACAAAAGCCUGAAGAAGUCAAAUCCAUAAUUUUAAGAGAUCUCCAAAAACCAAUAAAAGCUAUUUUGGAGGAGAUUGUUCAAGAACAGGCAGAGAAUAUUCCAACAGAAAACAUAAGUUCAAUACAAAAUCUCGGUGAAGCUUUGACAAAUAUUCUUGAGAAUAUGAACGAUAAUUUAAGCCAGAAUUUGCAGAUACUCAAAGAAGACAUAUCCGAAUUAAUUAGUGCUAAUGAGGAAACGAAAGAAAUUAGUUCAGUUCAACAGCAAAUUGAACAGGCUGAAUCAAUGAACGUACAAUUAUCAGAACUGCAACAUGCUGUGGAUGUUUUGCAUUUGGCUGCUGCUCCUCCAAAAAUAAUUGAAAGCAUUGAGCCCUUAAGGAAUUUGAACAAUGCUGUCUUGAAUUUAUUAAACUUUGCAGUUGUUACAGAACAUUUACCAAAAGGACAUAUGAAUUUGUUUUCCAAAUUGGUUGAUCCUUUGGAGAAGUUACAAAUUAAAGUUAUGGAAUCAAUUAAUGCUAAAGUGGUAGACGAAGAAAUGGAAAUAAUUAAUUCAAUUGUGGAGUGUUUUAAUAAAAUUGCAGGAGAAUAUUCUGUUGAAGAAUUGAACAACGCCUCCUUUGAUAGUUAUGACGAAGUACUGUGUUCCUUACAGAAUAAGCUCAUUAGUGUCUGUAUGAGAGCCGUAUUAUCUGAGGGUGAGAAAUCUAUAUUGCAGAACAUGUUAAGUCCACUAGAAAAUAUUACCAAAACUAUAAUAAAAAUGCAUAAUGAAUUAUCAAAAAGAAUAAAAAUAGAAAAUACUAUUGUUAAAAUAAUGAAAGCUAACGAUUCGAUAGUUGACAAAACAACUAAUGUAAUAAAAAAGUAUCCCAAUUUGUUAACUUUGAAUGAAUUAAAAUUAUCAAUUGAGAAAUUUAAUUCUUCUUUAAAAUGUAAUAUAAAUGUUUACUAUGUACCAGAUUUGGUCAAAUCCCUGGAUUUGCAAUCUUUAUUAAUUGCCGCCGAUAACAAUUUACGCAAUAUUAAAGUUGACGAAGUUUCAAAUCUUGCAUCAAGUUUAGAAAUACUAAAAAAAUUAUGUGAAUCUUAUAUUGAAACACCUUAUGAGAAGUUAGACAUUAUUCAUUUAAUCAGCUUACUGGAAACACUUCAAGCAGUUAGCAGUUCAAUGCAAAUUCAAGAUGAACCUGAAAAAACUUCAGAAGUAUUUGCAUCUAUUAAAGAACCUCUUCAACUAUUUAAAUUACAGAUGAAUGAAUUGCAAACAUCGAUAAUUGAAGGGAAACCCCAGCCUCAACAAGCAAUUGUUUCAGUUUUAGAACUUAGAGAUACAAUUGCAACUCUGGAAAGUGCAAUUAAUCAAAUUCAACAUGAAUCAGCUGAAGCUAUUCAGGAUUCCAGUAUGCAAAAUAUUCAAGAAAUUGCCCAAAUUAAAAAUUCAUUUGAAAAAUUGGCGACUUUGGUUGUAACUGUCCAAACCAGCAUGUUUAAACCCGAAGUUUUAAAUAUAGACAAACAAGUAUUGCAUACUGUGGCAAUUUUAUUGAAAGAAACAGUCAAAUACAUUGAAUCAAAUCCUGAAGUACAAUUUGCUAAAGUUUUGAAUGUUCCAAUAAAGGCGUUGGUUGCUAAACUUGAAGAGUUUGACGGGGAAGAGCAGAUUGAACAAGUUGAUGUAAGUUCUAUCAGCGAUGUUUUGCAAUCGAUAGACGCACUAAAAGCUAACUGGAAUAAGUUAGUGGACGUUUGUAGUGGUAAAGUUCCUGAAAGUCUUAUGGACGAUCUUCUAGGUUCCGUUACUUAUUUACAAGACUCUUUCCACAACGUUAAAAAAUUAUUGAGCGGUAAAAUUUUAGUCAAUCUUACUGAGAAUGAAAAUAAUAUUGUUAGACAAUAUGGACGAGUUUUAUCUGAAGUAACUGAAUCUGUAACACCCCAAAACCUAAAUGAACAGUUAAUCAAAUUGAUAUCAGCUUCCAACAAUAUCUUGAGGAGUCAAGAAUUAUCCGUUUUAGAUUAUAUCAAUGAAUCUAUUAAAUUAACUGUUAUUAACGUGAAUAAUAUUAUUAAUUUAACAUCAGAACAAAAAGUGGAAAUUGAAGACAUUUCACAAAUAACAGUUCCAACUGAUAAAAAGCAAGUAUACCUUGAAACAAUGGAAUCAAUAUCUUUACCUGUAGAAUUAUUGAAACUAGAAGUUCAAUCUCUUCAAUCAGGAAUAAUGGAAAAGCCUCAUUGUGGAAUUUUAAGCAUUGUAAAAAUAAUAGAACCUCUGUCAUUAUUUGAGAAAUCUAUAAAAGAAAUUAUAUCUGUACCAAUUCCAAAAAGUACUGAGGAUAUAAAUGUAGAAACUAGUCAUAAAAUAAAAAAAUUAAUUGAACCUAUUACAAAAUUGAAUAAAUUGGUAAUUGCCAUUAAAGAAUCGGUGCAUAAGCCUGAGGUUCUUGAAAUAGAAGUUGAAUUUAAAAAUACUUUGUCUGUUCUCAAAUCUAAUAUCGAAGAAAUUACACCAAUUGUUCAUAAGUCAAUAACUCUUCAAAUUCUAUCCAAAUCCCUGGAAUCUUUAAAACUAUCUAUCGAAGAAAUGGAAAUAACUUUAGAUGACAAAGUGGAAAGCAAAGAAACCCUAGAAAAAGUAUUAGAACCCUUACAAAAAUCAACUAUGAAAAUAUCUGAAUCUGUUGAAGCUCUAAAAUUGCAAGUUGAAGAGCUUCAGACAAAACUGAAAGAUAAGCCUCAGCAAGGAAUAUUGACUAUUGCUGAAAUCAGUGAACCACUUUCUGUUAUUGAAGCAACAUUUAAACAAUUGGAAAGUGAACCUGAAAGGACUGCAGAAAUAUCUCCUGCUGCUUAUGAGAAAUUAGAAACGUUGAUACAACCUGUAGAGGAGCUAAAUAAAAUAAUGGUUGGUAUCACCGAAUCUGCUAUUCAUCCGGAAGUAUCUUUACCUACUAAACCUGAAGUUCAAAUUGCUUUAAGUUCCAUUAAGUCCACUAUUGAGCAAAUUGUGCCAGAGCUCCAAACUUCUCAUGCAUCUAUUAUAGUUCAACCUUUGGAAGUUUUGAGAGCUAAACUGGCUGAAAUCGAAGCUGGUUUAGAUAAAUCUUAUUCAGAAAAGUUAGAAAAGGAAUCAAUUAAGAAAAUAUCUGAACCUAUUGAAGCUUUAAAAUUGCAAGUUCAAGAGUUUCAAACAAAACUGAGCGACGAGCUUCAUCAAGGAAUAUUGACUAUUGCUGAAAUCAGUGAACCACUUUCUGUUGUUGAUGCAUCAUUUAAACAAUUGGAAAGUGAACCUGAAAAGGCUGGAGAAAUAUCUCCUGCUGUUUAUGAAAAAUUGGAAACGUUGAUACAACCUGUAAAGGAGCUAAGUAAAAUAAUGGUUGGUAUCACCGAAUCUGCUAUUCAUCCGGAAGUGACUUUAACUACUAAACCCGAAGUUCACAUUGCUUUAAGUGCCAUUAAGUCCACUAUUGAACAAAUUGUGCCAGAGCUCCAAACUUCUCAUGCAGCUAUUAUAGUUCAAUCUUUGGAAGUUUUGAGAGCUAAACUGGCUGAAAUCGAUGCUGGUUUAGAUAAAUCUUAUUCAGAAAAGUUAGAAAAGAAAUCAAUUAAGAAAAUAUCUGAACCUAUUGAAGCUUUAAAAUUGCAAGUUCAAGAGCUUCAAACAAAACUGAGCGACGAGCUUCAUCAAGGAAUAUUGACUAUUGCUGAAAUCAGUGAACCACUUUCUGUUGUUGAUGCAUCAUUUAAACAAUUGGAAAGUGAACCUGAAAAGGCUGGAGAAAUAUCUCCUGCUGUUUAUGAAAAAUUAGAAACGUUGAUACAACCUGUAAAGGAGCUAAGUAAAAUAAUGGUUGGUAUCACCGAAUCUGCUAUUCAUCCGGAAGUAUCUUUACCUACUAAACCUGAAUUUCAAACUGCUUUAAGUUCCAUUAAGUCCACUAUUGAACAAAUUGUGCCAGAGCUCCAAACUCCUCAUGCUGCUAAUAUAGUUCAACCUUUGGAAAUUUUGAGAGCUAAACUGGCUGAAAUCGAAGUUGGUUUAAAUAAAUCCUAUUCAGAAAAGUUAGAAAAGGAAUCAAUUAAGAAAAUAUCUGAACCUAUUGAAGCUUUAAAAUUACAAGUUCAAGAUCUUCAAACAAAACUGAGCGAGAAGCCUCAGGAAGGAAUAUUGACUAUUGUUGAAAUCAGUGAACCACUUUCUGUUGUUGAAGCAUCAUUUAAACAAUUGGAAAGUGAACCUGAAAGGGCUGCAGAAAUAUCUCCUGCUGCUUAUGAAAAAUUAGAAACGUUGAUACAACCUGUAGAGGAGCUAAAUAAAAUAAUGGUUGGUAUUACCGAAUCUGCUAUUCAUCCGGAAGUGUCUUUACCUACUAAACCCGAAGUUCAAACUGCUUUAAGUGCCAUUAAGUCCACUAUUGAACAAAUUGUGCCAGAGCUCCAAACUCCUCAUGCUGCUAAUAUAGUUCAACCUUUGGAAAUUUUGAGAGCUAAACUGGCUGAAAUCGAAGUUGGUUUAAAUAAAUCCUAUUCAGAAAAGUUAGAAAAGGAAUCAAUUAAGAAAAUAUCUGAACCUAUUGAAGCUUUAAAAUUACAAGUUCAAGAUCUUCAAACAAAACUGAGCGAGAAGCCUCAGGAAGGAAUAUUGACUAUUGUUGAAAUCAGUGAACCACUUUCUGUUGUUGAAGCAUCAUUUAAACAAUUGGAAAGUGAACCUGAAAGGGCUGCAGAAAUAUCUCCUGCUGCUUAUGAAAAAUUAGAAACGUUGAUACAACCUGUAGAGGAGCUAAAUAAAAUAAUGGUUGGUAUUACCGAAUCUGCUAUUCAUCCGGAAGUGUCUUUACCUACUAAACCCGAAGUUCACAUUGCUUUAAGUGCCAUUAAGUCCACUAUUGAACAAAUUGUGCCAGAGCUCCAAACUUCUCAUGCAGCUAUUAUAGUUCAAUCUUUGGAAGUUUUGAGAGCUAAACUGGCUGAAAUCGAUGCUGGUUUAGAUAAAUCUUAUUCAGAAAAGUUAGAAAAGAAAUCAAUUAAGAAAAUAUCUGAACCUAUUGAAGCUUUAAAAUUGCAAGUUCAAGAGCUUCAAACAAAACUGAGCGACGAGCUUCAUCAAGGAAUAUUGACUAUUGCUGAAAUCAGUGAACCACUUUCUGUUGUUGAUGCAUCAUUUAAACAAUUGGAAAGUGAACCUGAAAAGGCUGGAGAAAUAUCUCCUGCUGUUUAUGAAAAAUUAGAAACGUUGAUACAACCUGUAAAGGAGCUAAGUAAAAUAAUGGUUGGUAUCACCGAAUCUGCUAUUCAUCCGGAAGUAUCUUUACCUACUAAACCUGAAUUUCAAACUGCUUUAAGUUCCAUUAAGUCCACUAUUGAACAAAUUGUGCCAGAGCUCCAAACUCCUCAUGCUGCUAAUAUAGUUCAACCUUUGGAAAUUUUGAGAGCUAAACUGGCUGAAAUCGAAGUUGGUUUAAAUAAAUCCUAUUCAGAAAAGUUAGAAAAGGAAUCAAUUAAGAAAAUAUCUGAACCUAUUGAAGCUUUAAAAUUACAAGUUCAAGAUCUUCAAACAAAACUGAGCGAGAAGCCUCAGGAAGGAAUAUUGACUAUUGUUGAAAUCAGUGAACCACUUUCUGUUGUUGAAGCAUCAUUUAAACAAUUGGAAAGUGAACCUGAAAGGGCUGCAGAUAUAUCUCCUGCUGCUUAUGAAAAAUUAGAAACGUUGAUACAACCUGUAGAGGAGCUAAAUAAAAUAAUGGUUGGUAUUACCGAAUCUGCUAUUCAUCCGGAAGUGUCUUUACCUACUAAACCCGAAGUUCAAACUGCUUUAAGUGCCAUUAAGUCCACUAUUGAACAAAUUGUGCCAGAGCUCCAAACUCCUCAUGCUGCUAAUAUAGUUCAACCUUUGGAAAUUUUGAGAGCUAAACUGGCUGAAAUCGAAGUUGGUUUAAAUAAAUCCUAUUCAGAAAAGUUAGAAAAGGAAUCAAUUAAGAAAAUAUCUGAACCUAUUGAAGCUUUAAAAUUACAAGUUCAAGAUCUUCAAACAAAACUGAGCGAGAAGCCUCAGGAAGGAAUAUUGACUAUUGUUGAAAUCAGUGAACCACUUUCUGUUGUUGAAGCAUCAUUUAAACAAUUGGAAAGUGAACCUGAAAGGGCUGCAGAAAUAUCUCCUGCUGCUUAUGAAAAAUUAGAAACGUUGAUACAACCUGUAGAGGAGCUAAAUAAAAUAAUGGUUGGUAUUACCGAAUCUGCUAUUCAUCCGGAAGUGUCUUUACCUACUAAACCCGAAGUUCAAACUGCUUUAAGUGCCAUUAAGUCCACUAUUGAACAAAUUGUGCCAGAGCUCCAAACUCCUCAUGCAGCUAAUAUAGUCCAACCUUUAGAAGUUUUAAGAGCUAAAGUGACUGAAAUUGAAUCUGGUUUAAUAGAAAUAUGCCAAAAUGAAGCUAAAAAUGAUAUUAAAGUCAUAUCUGAGCAUUUACGUAUCCUAAAAUUUGGCGCUCAAGCUUUGCAAGAAAAAUUAACUAAUACCACUCAACAAGGUGUUUUAUCAGUUGUUCAACUUAUCAAGCCUCUUGAACACCUUGAAUCUUCAAUUCAAGAUUUGGAAGCUUCGGAAGAUAUACAUAAUAUUUCUAGAGAAACUUUAGAAAAACUGCUCCGUUUAGUGGAACCUAGCAAAAAAAUAAGCGCAUUGAUAGUCAAAAUACAGGAGACUGAUUUUAAGACAGAACUACUAAACGCACAACGCCCUGAAAUUAAGCAAGCUUUGAACACAUUAAAAAUUAACGCUGAAACACUUGUUGGUAUUUCCCUAGAGUCCAAAUGCAUUCAAAUACUCUCUCACUCAUUGAUAACACUAAUUGCUACUAUAACUAAAAUUGUAAAUAAUUUAGAAAAAACGACGUCAGAAGAAGUAGGAAGGAAUGACAUUCAAGCAAUUAAGCAACUUUUGGAACCCAUAAAAACACUAACAUUAGAAUCUAAAGCCCUACAAACUCAAAUAAUGGACAAACCUCAAACAGGUAUUUUUGUUAUUACUGAAAUUAAUGAACCUCUUUCUAUGCUUGAAGCUUCCAUAGUAGAAUUAGAAAAUAAUUUGCCUGAAAAUGUAAAAGACAUAACAAAAGAAGAAUUGCAAGAAUUGCAUGGUUUCGCAGAAUGUGUCCAACAGUUAAAAUUGUUAGUGGUUAACGCUAAAGAAGCAGAUACUAAAACAGAAACUCUAAAAGUAGAAUUACCAGAAAUUAAAAAAGUUUUAGUUGCAAAUAAAUGUAGCAUUGAAAAGAUUAUGCCUAUAGUGGAAACUUCGAACUUGCAAAGUAUUUCUAGACCUUUGCAAGCAAUGAAGACAAAAUUAACUGAUAUUGAAUCAAGUUUGAAGAUUAUAGGAAGCCAAGGUCGCUUGGAGAAAAUAACUGAACCAAUAAAUGAGUUGCAAACAGAAAUGCGAAAAUUAAAAACUAUAACGUUGGAUACAACUCAACAGGGUGUUUUAUCUUUAGUUGCAUUAAGCGAUCCUUUAUCACUAUUAGGUGCAUCAAUUACAGAAAUAAGUUCCGAAAAAGUUGAAGACAUAUUUUCUGAAUGUUACGAUUAUGUUGAUCUUUUAAUCGAGCCUCUUAAAAAAUUAAACAAUAUCAUUGUAACCAUCAAUGAAUCAGUUACCAAACCUAAGAUAAUAGAAAAGCAAAUGUCGGAGACUAAACAAGCUUUAGCCGCAUUGAAAUUAUCAAUCCAACAAAUUUUACAACCAAUUACUAGAUCACAACAAAUGAAAAUAAUUUCAAAUUCUUUAGUUACAUUAGAAGCUAAAAUAUUUGAGAUCGACCAAACUUUAGAUACCAAAAUAGAAGAAAAACAAUCUGUAGCAAAAUUAAAACUGGUUUCAGAGCCAAUACAAAUUUUAAAAUUAGAGAUUCAAGCUUUAUAUUCCCAAACAAAGGACUUGUCAUUACAAAGUAUAUCAAAAGUAACUGAAAUUAUUAAUCCUCUUCAAGAAUUGGAAAAUUCAUUGAAACAAGUUGAAGAAAUUGCGACACAAGAUGUGGUGCAGUUAGAAAAACUGAUUCCACCUGUUCAGACUUUGAGUAAGGAAGUGGUACACAUAAGUCAAUUAAUAACAAAAUCAGAAAAUUUAAAACCAACUUCUGAAAUAAAGAAUGCUGUACGUUCCCUUAAAUUAUGCAUUGAAGAAAUUUUGCCGGUCGUACAAUCCUCUGAGGCUAUUAAGAUUGUUGCACUUCCAUUAGAAACUCUUAAAACUAAAAUAAGUGAUAUUGAGGAAGAGAUGACAAAGGAAAUGAUUCAGAAGAAACCAAGAAAAGAUUUGGAAGCUAUUAAAUGUAUUUCUCAUCAAAUUCACAUCAUUAAAGAAAAGACCCAAGCACUUCGAUCAAAUUUGGGUGAUACCCCACAAAAAGGAAUACUAUCAAUUAUCGAAAUUACUGAACCUUUAGCAUUGGUCGAAACCACUCUGGAAGAGUUAGUCAGUGCAAACAUGGGUGACAGUAUGGAGGAUAUUUCUGCUGAAAACUGCGAAAAAAUAAAGAAUUUUGUUAAACCUCUACAAAAAUUAAAUGAAAUCAUAAUAAAAAUUAAAGAUGAAGCAUCUAAACCAGAACUUAUUUCUACAGAUGUUCAAGAAAUGCAAGCAGCUUUAGCAGAUGUAAAACUAGCCAUUGGGGAAAUUGUACCAAUUGCACAAAAGUCUACUGCAAUUAAGAUUAUUUCAAGUCCUUUGGAAGUUCUCAAGGCUAAAAUAAUUACCAUUGAAGCCAAUUUGAUUAAAAAACCUUCGAAGAAACAACCAAGAAAAGAUAUGGAAGCAGUAAAAUGCAUUUCCGAACCAAUUAAACUUCUUAGAUUGGAAUCUCAAGCAUUGCAAACACAAUUAGGUGACAAACUUCAAACGGGCAUACUUUCGGUUGUUAAAAUUAAUGAACCUUUAGAAAUAAUGGAAUCUGCUUUGAAACAGUUCGAAAGUACUGAAGUAUCUGAAAAUGUAGAAGAUAUUUCUACUGAAAUCUUUGAUAAACUGAAGGGUUUGGUAGAACCUCUACAGAUAUUGAAUAAAAUCAUUGUAAAUAUUCAAAAUGUAGUUUCUAAGCCUGAAACUGUUUCUAAAGAAAUUCCAGAAUUAAAAACGGCUUUAUCAGCAGUAAAAGGAGUUAUUCAAGAAAUUAUAUCAAUUACUCAAAAACCCAAAGCAAUUGAGAUUAUUUCGAAUCCAUUAGAAGCACUUAAAGCUAAAAUCAUCAACAUUGAAGAAGAGUUAGUUAAAAAACCAGCGGAGAAAAAGCUUAGGAAAGAUUUGGAAGCAGCAAAAUGUAUUUCUGAAUCGAUUCACAUUCUCAAAUUAGAAUCUCAAGCAUUGCAAACUCAACUGGGUGACAAACCACAAAAAGGCUUAUUGUCUCUGGCAGAAAUCUGUGAACCUGUAAGAGUAAUGGAAGCUUCUUUGAAACAGUUGGAAAGUACUGAAGUAUCUGAAAAUGUAGAAGAUAUUUCUGCUGAAAACUUUGAUAAAUUAAUGGGUUUGGUGAGGCCACUACAAAAAUUGAACAAAAUCGUUGUAAAUAUUCAAAGUGUAGCUUCUAAGCCUGAAAUGGUUUCUAAAGAAAUACCAGAAUUAAAAACAGCUUUAUCAACACUAAAAGAAGUCAUUGAAGAAAUUGUACCAAUUACUCAAAAAUCCAAAGCAAUUGAGAUUGUUUCGAAUCCACUAGAAGCACUUAAAGUUAAAAUCAUCAACAUUGAAGAAGAGUUAGUUAAAAAACCAUCGGAGAAAAAGCUUAGGAAAGAUUUGGAAGCAGCAAAAUGUAUUUCUGAAUCGAUUCAAAUCCUUAAAUUAGAAUCUCAAGCAUUGCAGACUCAACUAGGUGACAAACCACAAAAAGGCUUAUUGUCUCUGGCACAAAUCUAUGAACCUGUAACUGUAUUGGAAGCUUCUUUGAAUCAGUUGGAAUGUAGUGAAGUAUCUGAAAAUGUAGAAGAUAUUUCUGCUGAAAACUUUGAUAAAUUAAUGGGUUUGGUUAGGCCACUACAGAAAUUGAACAAAAUCGUUGUAAAUAUUCAAAGUGUAGCUUCUAAGUCUGAAAUUGUUUCUAAAGAACUACCAGAAUUAAAAACAGCUUUAUCAGGACUAAAAGAAGUCAUUGAAGAAAUUGUACCAAUUACUCAAAAAUCCAAAGCAAUUGAGAUUGUUUCGAAUCCAUUAGAAGCACUUAAAGCUAAAAUCAUCAACAUUGAAGAAGAGUUACUUAAAAAACCAGCGGAGAAAAAGCUUAGGAAAGAUUUAGAAGCAGCAAAAUGUAUUUCUGAAUCGAUUCAAAUCCUCAAAUUAGAAUCUCAAGUACUACAAAGUCAACUGGGUGACAAACCUCAAAAAGGCUUAUUGUCUCUGGCAGAAAUCUGUGAACCUGUAACAGUAGUGGAAGCUUCUUUGAAACAGUUGGAAAGUACUGAAGUACCUGAAAAUGUAGAAGAUAUUUCUGCUGAAAACUUCGAUAAACUAAAGUGUUUGGUUGAGCCACUACAGAAAUUGAAUAAACUCGUUGUAAAUAUUCAAAGUGUAGCUUCUAAGCCUGAAAUUGUUUCUAAAGAAAUACCAGAAUUAAAAACAGCUUUAUCGGCAGUAAAAGAAGUUAUCGAAGAAAUUGUACCAAUUACUCAAAAAUCCAAAGCAAUUGAAAUUAUUUCGAAUCCAUUAGAAGCACUUAAAGCUAAAAUCAUCAACAUUGGGGAAGAUUUUGGCAAAGCACCAACGGACAAAAAGCUUAGGAAAGAUUUAGAAGCAGCAAAAUGUAUUUCUGAAUCGAUUCAAAUCCUCAAAUUAGAAUCUCAAGUACUACAAACUCAACUGGGUGACAAACCUCAAAAAGGCUUAUUGUCUCUGGCAGAAAUUUGUGAACCUGUAACAGUAGUGGAAGCUUCUUUGAAACAGUUGGAAAGUACUGAAAUACCUGAAAAUUUAGAAGAUAUUUCUGCUGAAAACUUCGAUAAACUAAAGAGUUUGGUUGAGCCACUACAGAAAUUGAAUAAAAUCGUUGUAAAUAUUCAAGGUGUAGCUUCUAAGCCUGAAAUUGUUUCUAAAGAAAUACCAGAAUUAAAAACAGCUUUAUCGGCAGUAAAAGAAGUCAUUGAAGAGAUUGUACCAAUUGCUCAAAAAUCCAAGGCAAUUGAAAUUAUUUCUAAUCCUUUAGAAGCAUUAAAAGAUAAGAUCAGCAAUAUUGAGAAAGAGUUAGUUGAAAAACAACCACAGAAGAAGUAUAGAAAGGACUUGGAAUUUCUUAAAUGCAUUUUGGAGCCAGUUCAAAUCCUUAAAUUGGAAUCUCAAGCAUUGCAAAUGCAAUUGGGUAACAAGCCACAAAAAGGUAUAUUGUCUGUUGUUGAAAUUAGUGAACCUUUAGCAAUAGUAGAAGCUUCUUUGAAACGGUUGGAAAGUAUUGAAGUAUCUGCAAAUGUAGAAGAUAUUUCUGAUGAAAACUUUGAUAAAUUAAAGGGUUUAGUUGAGCCACUACAGAAAUUGACUAAAAUCGUUGUAAAUAUUCAAAGUAUAGCUUCUAAGCCUGAAAUUGUUUCUAAAGAAAUUCCAGAAUUAAAAACAGCUUUAUCAGCAAUAAGAGUAGUCAUUGAAGAAAUUGUACCAGUUACUCAAAAAUUCAAAGCAAUUGAAAUUAUUUCGAAUCCUUUAGAAAAUCUCAAAGCCAAAAUUAAUAAUAUCGAAGAAUUAUUAGAAAGGCCCGAGGAGAAAAAAACAAGAAAAGACUUGGACGCACUGAAAUCCAUUAAUAAAUCUAUUAAUUUGCUUAAAUCAGAAUGUCAAACUCUACAAUCACAAUUAGAAGAUAAGUCUCAGAAAGUUAUAAAGAGUCUAGCUGAUAUAAGUCAACCUCUUUCUUUAUUUGAAGCAUCUAUAAAACAUAUUGAAGAAAAUACGACACUAGAAAGUAAAGACGACAUUUCAAGGGAUGAUCAUGAAAUAAUUUGUAGUAUGAUCGAACCAAUUAACUCGUUAUGUAAAGUAAUUGGUAAAAUCAAUUUAGGUAGACAACAGCUAGGAUUAUUUAGUAAAGAAGCCCCUGAAGUUAAAAGGACUUUAGCUGCUGUAAGAGAUAGCCUAGAAGUCAUAGAACCUGUUGUACAGAAAUCUAAAUCUCUUCAACCUCUUUCUAAACCUCUAACAACACUCAAGGUUAAAAUAAAUAAUAUAGAAAAAAGCACAAAAACGUUUGAAGAUAAUCUCGCCAAAGUUAAAGCCGCUUUCUGUGCGUUACAAGAAAACUGUAAAUUUUUACACAAUCAGUCUAAAGAAAUUGGAACAUCAAUCGCCUAUGAAAAAUUGUUUAAAUUACAUGAACUAGCAUUCGAAAUAAUAGAAAUCUUAAAUAUUGACGAAGUGUCUUACGAUGAAAUUGUGAAUUUGCUUAGUGUAACCAGACCUAUAAUGAAAGUUGUAAAUAUAUUAAUAAAUUUAAUUGAUAAAAUUAAAGACAACGAACUGCUACUUAAUGAAACAUUAGAAAUAACAGAAAAUCUUAAAAUUCUGAACGACUCUUUAAAAGAUACUCCAAAAGAUUCGAAAAGGUUUUUCGAAAAAAUACAACAUUUCCAAAAUUAUAUUAACGAAGUCAUAAAUCAAUUCGAAACAGAACAAACUCCAACGUUAACAUCACAUUCCCUAAAAUACAUAACAACACCAUUCUCCCAAUUGAACGAUGAAAUGAAACUGUUUAUGAAAAGCUGUUCCAUCUUACCAGAACCAUCUAGAUGUCUAUCAAGUCUUGAGUCUGAAUUAGAUGAAAUAAUUAUUUCAUUUUAUAAAUUAGAAAACACUAUUAAUAUUGGUGAAUUAGAUUUAAAAGAAACAACACCCAAAUACGAAUCUCUUUUAACCCCAGUUGAAGAUAGUUUAGUAGAGAUGGUGAAGAUUAAUUCAGUAUUAGAAGGACAAAGCACAUACAAUGUAACAUCAGCAAGGAAUGUUAUGAUGAACUUGAAACAAACCGUGGAUGCUGUUCUUUUGAAUAAAUUUGAUUCUGUAAAGGAAGGUGCAAUAUUUAAUGCCUUAAAACAUUUAUCACAAAAACUUGAUGAGAUUAUUAACAAGUUGGAAACCACCGUAAAGACAGAAAAACUGGAUCAGUUUAAGCAACAUCUAAUGCCACUGAAGUUGGUUACAGAAGAAAUAAUUUCAAUUGGAAACGAAAUAAAAAUAUUGGAAGAAAAGCCUACCCCUUUAUUUGGACUAAAUUUCUUGAAAUCACCACUUGAAAGUGUUAUUAAAAAAUGUGAAAAGUCGAUAGAUUCGCAGAAAAAUGUAAAUGAAAUUGAAAAUCUUUUAAAACACUUAUCAGAACCAUCUAAAAAAUUACAAAAAUGUUUGGUUGCAAUUAAAUCUUUAAUGUCUAGUAUUGAAUUAUUAAGAUCGGAAGCUCCUAUUUUAUCUGCAAUUUUGAGAAGUUUUCAAGAUUCUUUGUUGGUUAAUCAAAUACAAUCAGAUAUUGAAAAUGCCAACUUAUGUGAAGAAUGCAAAACAUUAUCGAAUGAAAUAGAUAAUACUAUUAAGGCACUUCAGAUGAUCAGAAAAGACUAUAGUUCUAUAAAUGAAUUGAAUAUUACUUUAGAUGAUGUGAAACAGAAAUUAUGUAAUAUAAAAAUAAACCAAAUUAAAUUUUUGAAAGAAAAUAAUAUCCUUAUUCAUUUGAUCCCAUUGGAAGAAGCAACAGAUCAACUGAAAGACAAUUUAAUAACUGCAUCAGAAAUUGGUGAUAAUGUUAAUGACUUUUCUGAUCAAUAUUAUAAAAAAAUUAUGAACUUAAAGGAACAAAUUAUAAGUUUUACAAAUAAUUUGAAUCAACCUAGAUCUGAAAAUGUGAAUGAGAAAUUGCUAGAUACUUUAGUAGCCGUGGAAAAGGCAUUAGAUUAUAUAGGAAGCUCUGUAUCAGUAAAUGAAAAAGUAGAAAUAAUGUUGCAGUCGUUCAGUAUUUAUGCUGAAAGAAUUAGAGGUGUUAUUUGUCAAAUUGAAAAAACUGAAGAAAUUGGAAUAAUCGAUGAAAAUAAAUUAGAAGAGGAUGUUGAAGAAAAGAAAACAGAAGGGAAUGUCAAAGACGAAGAGGAUAAGAAACAAAAAGAAGAAGCUGAAAAGAAUAAGAAAGAAGAGGCAAAAUUAAAAUUGAAGGAAGAAACUGAGAAAAAACAAAAAGAGGAAGAAGAGAAGAAAGCAAAGCAAGAGUCCGACAAGAAGAAAGAGGAAGUUGAACAAAAGCAAAAAGAACAAGAAAUGAAACAAAAAGAAAAAACUGAAAAGAAAGCGAAAGAGGAGGAAGAAUUAAAAACAAAGGAAAAAGCUGAUAAAAAACAAAAGGAAGACGCAGGUAAGAAGAAAAAGGAGACUGAACAAAAGAAGAAAGAAGAACUAAAACCAAAGGCAGAAUCUGAAAAUAAAGGUAAGGAGGAGGUAGAAUUAAAAGCCAAAAAGGCAAAGGAGGAAGCUGAGAAAAAACAAAAAGAGGAGGAAGAGGAGAAAACAAAAGAAGAAUCUGAAAAGAAGAAGAAGGAAGCUGAACAAAAGCUGAAAGAAGAAGAACUGAAACAAAAAGCAGAAAUGGAAAAGAAAGCGAAAGAGGAAACUGAAUUAAAAGUAAAGAAAGAAGCUGAGAUAAAACAAAAAGAAGAUGAAGAGAAAAUGGCACAGGAAGAGUUUGACAAGAAGAAAAAGGACAUUGAACAAAAGCAGAAAGAUGAAGAACUGAAACAAAAAGCGGAAAUUGAAAAGAAAGCUAAAGAGGAGGUGGAAUUAAAAGGAAAGGAAGAAGCUGAUAAAAAACAAAUGGAAGACGCAGAUAAAAAGAAAAAGAAGACUGAACAAAGGAAGAAAGAAGAAGACUUAAAACAAAAGGCAGAAUCUGAAAAGAAGGCUAAGGAGGAGGCAGAAUUAAAAGCAAAGGAAGAUGCUGGGAAAAAACAAAAAGAAGAGGAAGAGAAGAAAGCAAAAGAAGAGUCUGAAAAGAAGAAAAAGGAGGCUGAACAAAGGCAGAAAGAAGAAGAACUGAAACAAAAAGCAGAAAUUGAAAAGAAAGCAAAAGAGGAGGCGGAAUUAAAAGCAAAUGAAGAAGAUGAUAAGAAACAAAAGGAAGACGCAGAUAAGAAGAAAAAGGAGACUGAACAAAAGAAGAAAGAAGAAGAAUUAAAACAAAAGAUAGUAUGUGAAAAGAAAGGUAAGGAGGAGGAAGAAUUAAAAGCAAAGGAAGAAGCUGGGAAAAAACAAAAAGAAGAGGAAGAGAAGAAAGCAAAAGAAGAGUCUGAAGAGAAGAAAAAGGAGGCUGAACAAAGGCAGAAAGAAGAAGGACUGAAACAAAAUGCAGAAAUGGAAAAGAAAGCGAAAGAGAAAAUUGAAUUUAAAGUAAAGAAAGAAGCUGAGAAAAAACAAAAAGAAGAAGAAGAGAAAAAGGCAAAGGAAGAGUUUGACAAGAAGAAAAAGGACGCUGAACAAAAGCAGAAAGAAGAAGAACUGAAACAAAAUGCGGAAAUUGAAAAGAAAGCAAAAGAGGAGGCUGAAUUAAAAGCACAGGAAGAAGCUCAUAAGAAACAAAAGGAAGACGCAGUUAUGAAGAAAAAAGAGACUGAACAAAAGAACAAAGUAGAAGAAUUAAAACAAAAGGUAGAAUCGGAAAUGAAUGGUAAAGAGGAAGCAGAAUUAAAAGCGAAGGAAGAAGUUGAGAAAAAACAAAAAGAGGAGAAAGAGAAGAAAGAAAAAGAAGAGUCUGAAAAGAAGAAAAAGGAGGCUGAACAAAAGCAGAAAGAAGAAGAACUAAAACAAAAAGUAGAAAUUGAAAAGAAAGCCAAAGAAGAGGCGAAAUUAAAAGCAAAGGAAGAAGCUGAUAAGAAACAAAAUGAAGAGGCAGAUGAGAAGAAAAAGAAGACUGAACAAAAGAAGAAAGAAGAAGAAUUAAAACAAAAGGUAGAAUCAGAAAAGAAUGCUAAAGAGGAGGCAGAAUUAAAGGCAAAGGAAGAAGUUGAGAAAAAACAAAAAGAGAAGAAAGAAAAGAAAGAAAAAGAAGAGUCUGAAAAGAAGAAAAAGGAGGCUGAACAAAAGCAGAAAGAAGAAGAACUGAAACAAGAAGCAGAAAUUGAAAAGAAAGCCAAAGAAGAGGCGAAAUUAAAAGCAAAGGAAGAAGCUGACAAGAAACAAAAUGAAGAGGCAGAUAAGAAGAAAAAGAAGACUGAACAAAAGAAGAAUGAAGAAGAAUUAAAACAAAAGGUAGAAUCAGAAAAGAAUGCUAAAGAGGAGGCAGAAUUAAAGGCAAAGGAAGAAGUUGAGAAAAAACAAAAAGAGGAGAAAGAGAAGAAAGAAAAAGAAGAGUCUGAAAAGAAGAAAAAGGAGGCUGAACAAAAACAGAAAGAAGAAGAACUGAAACAAAAAGCAGAAAUUGAAAAGAAAGCCAAAGAGGAGGCGGAAUUAAAAGCAAAGGAAGAAGCUGAUAAGAAACAAAAGGAAGACGUAGAAAAGAAGAAAAAGGAGGCUGAACAAAAGAAGAAAGAAGAAGAAGAAUUAAAACAAAAGGCAGAAUCUGAAAAGAAAGCAAAGGAGGAGGCAGAUUUAAAAGCAAAGGAAGAAGCUGACAAAAAACAAAAAGAGGAAGAAGAGAAGAAAGCAAAGGAAGAGUCUGGCAAAAAGAAAAAGGAAGUUGAACAAAAGCAGAAAGAAGAAGAACUGAAACAAAAAGAAGAAAUUGAAAAGAAAACGAAAGAGGAGGCUGAACUGAAAGCAAAGAAAGAAACUGAGAGAAAACAAAAAGAUGAAGAAGAGAAGAAAGCAAAGGAAGAGUCUGACAAAAAGAAAAAGGAGAUUGAACAAAAGCAAAAAGAAGAACUGAAACAAAAACCAGAUUUUGAAAAUAAAGCAAAAGAGGAGGCGGAAUUAAAAGCAAAGGAGGAAGCUGAUAGAAAACAAAAAGAAAAUGCAGAUAAGAAGAAAAAGAAGUCUGAACAAAGACAGAAAGAAGAAGAAGAAUUGAAACAAAAAGCGGAAUCUGAAAAAGAAGCUAAGAAUGAGACUGAUGAGAACAUAAAGGAGACUGAACGAAAACAUAAAGAAGAGGUGAAACAAAAAGAAAAAACUGAAAGGAAAAAAGAAGAGGAGGGAUUGAAAGCAAAAGAGGAAGCUGAUAAAACACAAAAAAAAGAGGCAGAAAAGAAAGGAAAAGAAGAUGCUGAUAAAAAGAAAGAGGAGAUUGGACGAAAACAAAAAACGAAGGUGAAAGAAGAAGAGGAAAACAAAAAAGAAGACGAUAAACAAAAAUCAAAAGAAAUUGAAGACAAAGUACAGAAAGAGGAAACUAAAAAGAAGAAAAAUGGCAAUAUUGAGAAAGAAAAUAAACGGUUGGAAACAGACGAAAUAAAUAAAGAAUUAAAAGUAAAAGAAGUUUGUAGAAAAAGAAUUAGUGAAGAAUCUCCUAAGAAAAAACCAGAGAGAAUAAUUGGAGAGGGUAAAUCCAUUAUAACAAAAGAUACUAUAGAACCUAUAGUUACACCAACACUAUCAAAUGGCCUCGGGCUAACCCCUUCUCACUACGAUACAACAACAAAUGGUUACAAAAUAGAAAAAUAUAAUUAUGAAAGAGAAUCACAUACAUUCACAGGUCGACAUUUUACAGACAUGAACAUGGAUCAGUUUAAACCCACAACUUACCAUGGACCAAGAUACAUGGGAGGAAAACCAAUCUUUAGUACCUCAUUACAAAAUAGAACCACAACAAUUAACUGCAGGAUGAAGAUGACAUGUAGUGUGAUUGGAGACGAUACAGACAUCAAAAUAGAGUGGUUGAAAGAUGGAAAACCUUUAGAAGGUUUGUCGAACUACGAUAUCAGUUUUAAAAACAAUCUUGCUUUGUUAGAAAUUUUGAACACAACUCUUGUUGACAGUGGUGAAUACACUUGUGUUGCGAGAAAUCAGCAUGGUGUUAACAGCACCAGUGGUUAUUUAACUGUUACCCCAACUGUUGAACUUUCACCUCUACCCCCAACAUUUACUAGAUCGAUAAGAGAGCAUUACAGAAUUGCCAACGAUGAACUAUCCUUAGAAUGCAAGAUUCGUAGUCAACCUUUGGCAAAUAUUAAAUGGUUGAAGGAUGGUAAUGAAAUUAAAGCAACUGGAAGACAUUUAAUGAAUUAUUUAGCUGAUGGUAUAGCUCGAUUGAAUAUCAUCAGUCCCACGAAGAUUGAUAGUGGUUUAUACACUUGCAGAGCUGACAAUGGAUCUUGGACAGAUCAAGUGUCUCACGAAGUCAAAUUUACUACUAAGGAAGAUUAUGUGAGACAGAAAAUGGAAAGAAAAAGUAUCACUAAGCCAUCUUCUGACAUCAGGAGACCGUACUUCACUGGAGUCUUAACUGAUAAUUUUGUGUCGUCAGGAGGAGUUUUAGCAUUGCAGGUAGAAGUCAAAGGCGGACCAGCUGACGUUUCCUGGUUCAGAGAUGCGGAAAAACUUCCCAGAACUUCAUCCAAACACAGAACGUUUGAAGAGAGUGGAGUACACACCUUGCUAAUCUCUAAUAUCGGCGACUUGGAAGUUGGUAAAUACACAUGCAGGGCUUCCAAUGCCUUCGGUAGGACGGAAACAUCUUCUUAUGUACACGUCGUGAAUCCAUCGGCGUUGAUGAGGGGAAAACCUGCCAUGUUUUUGUCCAGGCCCGAGAAAAUUUUAAGUGUUGCACCUGGAGAAGAUAUUACUGUGUCGUUUAGAGUUGGCGGUGACCCGAAACCUAAAGUUGUGUGGUCAAAAGGUCUAAGAGAUAUUACGGAAAGUCUGAGAAGUGUUAGGUUUACUUCAGAUGAUUACACUAGAUUUACUCUGAAAAGAGCAACCGUCGAUGAUAUUGGAACGUACUGUAUCUUGGCCAAAAACAUGUACGGAUGUGAUAGAGCUUUCUUCACGGUACGAUUGAGGCAUCGUGCGAGAUCUUUGACACCUACAAAAGAAUCUGCUUCUUCAAUUCUGGCAGAUAUUCCAACGUAUUUAGAAAGAUGUCAAUAUCAAGAUGUUCCUCAAACAAUUCCCGGCGAACCAGUGAUAAUAGACAGUGGCAGAAAUUGGGUAACCCUAUCGUGGAGCAAACCCGACCAUCAAUCAUCUCCAGUGAUCGCAUACAGAGUAGAAGCUUGGCACAAGGGUGGUGAUGGAGGAGCAAGAUGGAUUGAACUUGGAAUUACACCAAGAACAACUUUCGACGCGUUUAAUCUGAAACCAGAUGCAGAGUACAAAUUCCGAGUGACACCUAGAAACAGAUACGGAUGGGGUGAAAGUACUGCAAGCAGUACUUUUGUAAUUGGCAAAUCUAUAGAGUUACCGGAGUUUGUUAAGAUACUUCCAGGGCAAUUAAAAGCUCUUAUUGGAUCAGAUGUGACCAUGGAAUGUGAAGUUAAGGGUGAUCCGUUACCGGAUAUACGUUGGUUUAAGGACUCGCAAGAGUUAUUUGCGGAAGAUAAUAGUCGCUACAUCAUUACAAAGACAAACAGAUUGUGUUCAUUGUCCAUUUCUAAUUUGCAAGAAGUGGAUGCCGGAAGAUACAUUUGCGAAGCCACUAAUAAACUUGGACGUGUUUCCACUUUUGCCAGAUUAUCUGUUAUUCGAGAUGCCAAAAUUUUAACUGCCGAUAAAUUAUUAAAACGAAGUAUAAAAGACUUUGAUAGUGUUACGGAACUGCCACCACAAUUCACAAUGAGACUGAGGGACAGGAGAGUUCAAAUUAGUUAUCCUGUUAGAUUGACCUGCCAAGUUGCAGGAUGCCCUGAACCCACAACUAAGUGGUACAAGGAUGGACAGGAAAUAAUUAGUGAUUCACGACAUAUUUUUUCAUCCGACGACCACUUUCAUACCUUAGAAAUCAGCAAGACUCACUAUGAGGACUCGGGAAUAUACAGUAUUACGGCUCAAAAUCCUUUCGGAUCCGUUUCAUGCAGGUGUAAUUUAGUAGUAGACAAAGGAAUAAAAGGAUACAUAUCCCCAGAAUUUAGCAAUCAUUUAGAACCGUCCUAUAACGAACUACACGAAGGGGAAGAACUACGACUUUCAGCCAGAAUCGAAGCUUAUCCGGCAGUUGGUCUGAUGUGGUACAGGGAUGGAAUAAGGUUGAGACCUUCGAGGAGAUCCGUCAUGACCCUUUCCUAUAACGGCUGUUUAGAACUGGCUUUGGCAAAUGUCACAGCAAGAGAUGCUGGUGUUUAUACAGUUGUGGCAUCGAAUGAUGUUGGCCGAGCUGAAAGCUCCGCUAGAGUUGAUGUAAUUGAAGGUAAGAAGACUUCCACCCUUGAAUCGGAAGCUGUAGAGGAACCUACAUCUGGACACCCAACUAUUAUCGAACCCAAACGGGAGAUUCCAUAUUCGAAACAGCCCAAGUUUUUGAAAAAGCCUCUUUCAUCAGAAGCUUACGAAGGUGACAACGUGGUGAUCUUGUGCGAAGUCAUCGGGGAUCCGAAACCUGACGUGAUGUGGCUAAGAGACUUCCUCAAGCCUGAUUACUAUCGAGAUGCCGCUCAUUUCCAUCUGGUCGGUUCCGGUCCGGAGUAUCGUUUAGAGAUACCGAACGCGAAGUUAGACUUUACCGGAACCUACACGAUCUACGCGAAGAACUGUCAUGGAGACGCCAAAGCGAUCAUAUCUCUGCAGAUUAAAGUGAAAGAUCCUUUGAAACCGCCGGUUAUGGAGAACAUAAAAAUUGGCAAUGUGCAAACGGUGCCGCAAAUAGUGACAGAACUGAGGGACAUUCGCUGUUGCGAUGGUGAUUCGGCCAGUUUAGAAUGUAAAGUUCAGUCAACACCUCCAGCCAACAUAAGAUGGGAGAAGAAAGGAAAGCUGAUCCAUUUAGGUGGUGACUUCAAUGCCGACUUUGAUGGCGAAACGGCCCGUUUAUCGAUCGAUCAAGUUUACCCUGAGGACGAAGGAGAAUACGCAUGUGUCGCGUACAACGAACUCGGAAAGGCGAUCACAUCCGCAUGUCUAAUCGUCGAUUUACCAGAAGAGAAGGAGAACUUGCUUACGCAGCAACUGUGCCGUCCAGCUGGUCUCUCGGCGGGAACCACCCCGGUAACAUCCCCACGCAUCACCCCAAAUCGCAGCGUCUCACCUCGAGUGCGACCGCUGGAAGUCACCGAAAGACUGAGAAGAAUCCGAGCUUCGGCCCCCAAAUUUUACGCAGUGCCCCGCAAUCGCGUGGCCCACGAAGGUGAAACUGUACGCUUCCAAUGUUCUAUCGCCGGCCACCCUGAACCAUGGGCGACUUGGCAUAAGGACGGUAAACCGGUCGUUCCCUCCGGAAGGGUGAGGAUGACCGAACUGGAGGAUUUGCGCAUUUUGGAGAUAAGGGAGGUGACGAAUGGAGACUCGGGCUUGUACAAGGUGGCAUUGGAGAACGACGUCGGAAGGAUCGAGGCUUCCGCCCGAUUGGAUGUGGUAGCUCACAGAGUUGCGUCCAGUGAUGGACUGAGGGCUCGCAGUUUGUCACCUAGAACUGCUCCAACUUACACGAAGAGCGUUCUUGGAGCUUCAGCGAAAUUGGGGACCAGAACUAGGUUGUAUUGUGACAUCAAAGCGACACCUGCACCUUUUCUGAGAUGGUACAAAGACGGAGUUCCAUUGGAAGAUUCGUUAAAGUACUCGACAGAAUACGACGGAGAAAUUGCAUCCAUAGAAAUAGACGACGUACAACGAGAGGAUGAAGGACUGUAUACUUGUGUGGCAACCAACGUCAACGGAUCGGCUGAAACUUCAGUGCAUUUAGAAGUGAUUAGUGAUGAAAAGCAGGCUCCGGAAAUCAUCGAACCUUUGUCCAAAGAUGUACAGUCGGUAGAAGGCAGUGCGGUCAAGUUAGAACUAAAAGUUCGCGGUAGUCAACCUUUGGACGUAAUUUGGUUUAAGGAUGGAUGUGUGUUGCCAGACUGUAAGGAUUUUGUUCAAAAUUAUUGUGAUGGUUUGAUCACUUUGUGGUUGCCUGAAGUUUAUGGCAGGCAUUCCGGGAAUUACAGGUGUGAAGUUUAUAAUCUAUAUGGAGAAGCUUAUUCCAAAACUACAUUAGAAGUUUUAGGUUGUCGUGAAGACUUUCAUCAACUAAAAUUCACAAAAUAUCCUUCUCCAGUUAUAGCGAGAGAAGGUUCCAAUGCUUCAUUUUGUGUGCGAAUUAACAACAAAUCUAAUUGCGAUCACGUGAUUGAUUGGUUUGUGGCUGGACGCAAAGUCGAGCUUCCUUCUGAACGAUUUGUGGUGGAAGAGGAGGGCGACGCGUGCAUUCUGCACGUUAUCGGCGCGACCCAUCUGGACGGCGGACGAGUGUGGUGCACGGCAUCGCCGGCAACGAGCGGCUGCUGCGAGCCGAUGAUCAGUUGCUCGACGGAGCUUUCGAUCGUAGGUGCGUUGUUGGACGUGGACCGAGUGCAGGGUGACGGUGACGGUGACGGUGACGGUGACGCCUCCUCCAUGGAGGUAAUCAGUGAGGGUGGCGAUGUGUACGUGGGACGGCGCGACGAGCCCGCACAGGUGAUCAGGGGGCCGCAGGACACAACGGCGCUGGCCGGCGACCGGGUGCUGCUCAAGGCCACGUACACGGGCCGUCCGGAACCGGCGGUCCGCUGGACCAGGGCGGGCAAAGAACUGAGAAACGACGAGAGAACAAGCAUUACCUCUGGAGAUGGUGUCUCAUGCCUCCUCCUCCAAAACAUAACAACAGACGACAGUGGAAAGUACGACGUCAGUGUUGAAAACGAGUACGGGGCAGAUUGCAGUUUUGCUUCAGUCUCAGUUGAGGGUCCUCCGGAUCCUCCGAGUGGCAAACCGUGCAUAACACCGAACGUGGACACGGUGAACGUGGCCUGGAGCAGUUCACCCUACGACGGUGGUAAAAUAGUCACCGGUUACGCCGUCGAGUAUUCACUCGUGGGCAGUGACAUCUGGACAACGGCCAUUGAGAAUUGCCAUUGUCUCAGCUACGUGGUCAAAGGACUACAACCCGGUGGACGCUACGUUUUCCGGGUGCGAGCCCUCAACGUUCACGGCUACAGCAAAUACAGUCAAGAGUCGGACAUUAUACAGAUGGAGGAGCAAAAUGAAUCGUCGUCGUUCGAGCCAAGAAUGGUAAUGGUAGAACCUGGUCCGGAGUUCAAGGCUCGUUACGAAGUUUUGGAAGAGUUGGGCAAAGGAAGGUUUGGAGUCGUGCACAAAGUUAUUGACAAACAUACGAAUCAAAAGUUGGCGGCCAAAUUUAUAAAAUGCCGGACGUCCAAAGACAGAGACAAAGUACAAGACGAAAUCGAUAUUAUGAAUCUCCUCAGGCACCAGAAACUCCUUCAGCUUGCCGCAGCCUUUGAAAAUCCCCGCGACAUGAUCAUGGUCAUGGAAUACAUUUCCGGAGGAGAACUGUUCGAAAGAGUUGUAGCAGACGACUUCACAUUAACUGAAAAAGAUUGUAUUCUAUUCAUGCGACAAAUAUGCGAAGGCGUGGCAUACAUGCAUACCCAAAACGUGGUCCAUUUGGAUCUGAAACCGGAAAACAUCAUGUGCCACACCAGGACUUCGCACGAGAUCAAAAUUAUUGACUUCGGACUUGCACAAAAAAUCAAUCCGGACGCACCUAUCAGAGUUUUGUUUGGCACCCCCGAGUUCAUACCACCUGAAAUCAUCAACUACGAACCUAUUGGAGUUGAAUCCGACAUGUGGUCGCUUGGUGUCAUCUGUUACGUUCUGUUGUCUGGCCUUUCGCCGUUCAUGGGAGACACGGAUUCCGAGACGUUCGCCAACAUCACAAGGGCAGACUAUGACUUUGAAGACGAAGCGUUCAAUACGGUUUCUCAAAACGCCAGAGACUUCAUUGCAGCUUUACUAGUCAAACGCAAGGAAGACAGACUUUCAGCGGAGCAAUGCCUGAAACACGAAUGGUUGGACCCGGAGAGUCACCAAGAAACAGUGAUCCUCUCCACAGAUAAGCUGAAGAAGUUCAUUAUUCGCCGUAAAUGGCAGAAAACAGGCAAUGCUAUACGUGCCCUUGGUAGAAUGGCAACGCUUUCAGCAAGCCGCAGAAAUUCAGCCAAUUCCACACCAAACACACCCAGGCCCUCGAUAUCAGGUAAUUCGAUGCAGAAAAUGUCUAGUCUUGAAGAGGAGAUAGAUCUUAACGGUUACACACCCGAAGUGCCCAAACCAAAGGAGCUUGAAUCUAAACUUUUGAGCACAAUUUUGGACGAUGUACCAAAACAAAAGGAACAAGAAUCUUCAGAUGAGCCAGAUCGUGUUGUUGACGAACCUGUUUCGGUCGAACUGGAGGAAAAACCGUUAGAGACUAACGGUAUAACUCCUAAAGUGAUAAAAGAGAUUCGAGAAGAAGUGGAGGGCAACAAAAUGAGAACUAGAGCAUGUAGCGAAAGAAGUGACAGCGGCAUUAGUGACUGUUCAUCACAUAUCACUUCCAGUAGUUGUACUUCAACACCCCUCCUGGCUAAGAAAUUUAAAAUCAAUGAGGAAUCGGAAUUGGAAGAUUCGAAACGAUUCGUCAGUAGCACUACGCUUAUUUUGAAUAACGGAGAAAGAAAAUUGUCCAGUGAAAAGGUGACAUUCACUCCCAUGCAUAAAAUAGAAGAGACAAAAACAACAGAAGUCACACACACUAACAGGCCAGCUAAUCUCAAUUUGAAGCUUUCAAAUAAAAUUCAGAGCUUCAAUAACAAUGUACCUGCGAAACCCAAGACGUAUAGCACGUCAGACAGCUUGAAAAGACUGCAAAUUUAUUCAUCGAGAAGUGUUGCAAAUGCAAUUAAAAAAUUUGACAACCUGGAUUCAUCCCCUGAUUCAUCAAAUCCAUCUCCUGUUCAUCUUAGUCCCGUAGAAACAGUUUCCAAAAAGGAAGCUAGACCGAAAUCACGUUCCCCUAGUAGAUUAAAGACACCUCCUAGCAAUAAUCAAAAUGUUAAACCUACGAGUGAAUUAACUAGUACUAGAAGAAGUUCCCCAAAUGAAAAUUCUCCCAGACAGAAGAACAACACUUCGUCGAAACCGCCAAAAUCUGACAACCCAACAAACGGAUCACCACCAACAGUGAGAUACAGAUGUCCAUCGCCGUCUUUGUUAAGAAAAACUCAGGCUGUAAUUGCAAAGGAACAAUGCAAUGAAUAUUAUUUGGCCAAGAACGGUUUACUAAGCCCUAAUUCGACCAAUCAAAGAUUUACUUGUCCCAAAUCACCAGUUUUAAAUAAAAGAGAAAAACCAAAAAGUGAGAGUUUUCAAAAAGCCACAGCUUUCUGGAAUUCACCCAAAACAUAAAUUUAUUUUUAUUAAUGAAAAACAACUGCUAGCUUUAGUAGUAUUCUAUAAAUACUGUAUAUAAUAUUAACAUAUACCAAAAUAGUGUUUUUGAAAAGAUAUAUAUUUUCUUAGUAUUUUAGCUGACCGUUAUAUUUUGUGUUAUACGAAAGAAUUGUUGUACCCUCCAAUUAAUCUGUAAUUGAUAAGAAGCAAAUAAAUAUUAUUUAUUGUUA